GCAAAUCAGCUGUGACCGAAGCUACACCAGCGAAAUUGCAACCCAUCUACACCAAGCUUUCUCCACUACAAGGUGCAACCCAUUUACACCCAAGUUGCAACCCAUCUACACCAACGACCACCACCACCGAAAUUGCAACCAAUGAGCACCCAAGCCCCAUCUCAUCGCCACCAAAACCCACCACCACCUAA